AGCCCGGAAGAAGAAUGAAAACUCGUAACUUCCUUUAACGCUAUAGCGCCGCCCAGAAACCCCUGUCUUUUACAGCGGACAACCCCGUCUGUCUUUCUUUUCGCUCAUCAUGGCGGACCGGUUCAAUAAGGUUCUGCUGCUUGAUGGCAGAGGCCAUCUACUUGGCCGUCUUGCUGCCAUUGUGGCUAAGCAAGUUCUGCUGGGACACAAGGUGGUAGUUGUGAGAUGUGAGGGUAUCAACAUCUCUGGGAACUUCUACCGUAACAAAUUGAAGUACCUGGCUUUCCUGCGUAAAAGGAUGAACACCAACCCCUCUCGUGGACCAUACCAUUUCAGAGCUCCCAGCAGAAUCUUCUGGAGGACCGUAAGGGGCAUGCUCCCUCACAAAACCAAAAGAGGACAGGCUGCAUUGGAAAGGUUGAAGGUGUUUGAUGGUGUUCCCCCUCCUUAUGACAAGAGGAAGCGCAUGGUCGUACCUGCCGCCCUGAAGAUUGUGCGUCUGAAGCCCACUCGCAAGUUUGCCCUCCUUGGACGUCUGGCCCACGAGGUUGGCUGGAAGUACCAGGCUAUCACAGCCACUUUGGAAGAGAAGAGGAAAGAGAAGGCCAAGAUCCGGUACACCAAGAAAAAGACAGAGAUAAAGCUGUCAAAGCUGGCAGAGAAGAAUGUGGAGAGCAAGAUUUCAAAGUACACUGCUGUCCUUAAACAAUACGGUGUCCUUGUCUGAGCUUGUUCAUGGUUGCCUAUAAAGAUGGAUAAAUGUU